UGCCUUCGGUUCUUGCUACAGCUGCUUCGUUCUCCUUCGUUCAGCUCUGACAAUUCUUCCACUAAUCCAUCUGCUCUCGGCUCCGGUGUCAGCCCCGACGCCUCUCCGCCACCAUCUAUACUUCCAAAACUGACUUUCGCUGAAAUUCGACUUGUAAGAGCUCUCCACUCCGCGUUAGCACAAAUUCCUAGGAGACAGCUGCUUCAAAACCAUGCUACAUUCGAGACCCUGCCUUGCCAAAAAGAUUCUCUAUCCAUUACCUCCUUACCUUCCACAUAUCGUCCUUAUCACUAUCGUCGAUUCACUGACUCGGACUUGGCCGAUUUGGCUGAAUCCACGGCUUCCCUUGGAGACACCGCAACUUACUUCCUUCUGUUGGGACACAAAUUCGCUCUUAAAACUAGGUGUCCAUGUCGGCAAACUGACUUCAUCUCUAUCAGCAGCACGAAUUAUAUUCAACGAGGCACUCAGCCACUAGUCCUUCCUGUUGAACCACUAUCCCCAAACUGUCAAAAGCGUCUUCUGGUUAUUUUUGCAGAGUGGGUGCAUCUGAUUUAUUUGACUGAAUUCGUUCGUUAA